GUCAGCCAGAGGGAAAGCGAGAGAGUGGCGGGUACACGGUACACGAUUCACGGAAUGCACCACGCGUAUUAUCAUAAAAAGAAGCAGCCAAAGCCGCCUACUCCGCCCUCCUAAAGCAGCAGAUCCGGUUCAGAUCCCACUCAGAGUUAGCAGCAGCGUCCCGCGGAGCUGGAGAGUCGUAGGAAAGUGCUCAAAAAGAUCCUUGACCAGGAAACCAAGAGAGGCUAGUUCAGACCUGCACUAUGACCAAGCAAAGGAGAUCCACUUCUUGUACCCCAUAUCUUCUCCUCUUUGUCCUUUUAACGACGGUUGCCUUAGCCCACUCACAAGCAUUCGAAAGAGACUGCAGGAUGUGUUGGGGUGAUCUCGGAAGCAUUAUCAGAGCUUUGUCACAAGAGAGUUCUUUAUCCAAGCCUACAUAUUCAGCUGUAAGAAACCGGUUAUCCUUGUUUCGGCGAUCAGAAAACACCGGCAGCCGAGAUAAGUGCAGUAUUUGCUGGCUCUCCCUUCUCCAGCUCAGGGAAAAAGCACGCGAAUUGGAAGAUGAUUCACGUUCGUACGGUUUGAAUGUCAACAGACUGGAAUCUUUCCAGAAAGAAAAGAAAGCGAUGAUGAACAACGGCUGGUCCUAAAGUCCUCGACAGACAUCGAAGCAGGAGCAUUUCCUAGCGUCCUUUAGGUCAAGGAAUCUUUCAAGCAUGUUUCAAGCUGCAUAACUUCAACAAGUUGACAAAAGACACUCAAAGCUAAGUUAGAUAAAAAGAAAGAUAAAGAUUAAUGUCGAUUUACUUACUUAUUUGAGCAGAAGUACGACAGGCACAAAAAUAUGUCCAUUUGUAUUGUGUUGUGAAGUAAAGAAUAUACUCAAUCUCCGUAUUGUUUCAAAAGUUUAUCGGCUGAUGAAUUAAAACUUAAGUUCUGACGUUUAUUUACUGCACCAUGGUAGGAACUAAGGAAGACAAAAUUAUCAAUAUUGUCGCUCUGUUGUAAGUCUGCUCUAUGCUGCUUUUAGUGGGGGAGACAAAGAAAGUUUUCUCUGAAACUGUAGCUAUAUUUCUUUGGGGGAAAAUCCUUUUAUUAAACAAUGUUCACAGCUAACAUUAAUUGGUUCGAACAUAUUAGUUAUUUCUUUUUAAAAGAGUGUUUUAUUGAACCAUUCUUUGCUUUUUCAUUUCAUAAGGCAGAAAAUAGUUGGGGUUUGGGUGAGGUAGUGGCUAAGCAGUAUGAAUUUCUGCACACAGAAUAUUACUAGACCUUCUUUUUCCUUGCAAAAUUAGUACUAAUUAUUAAAAGCAACAAUGAAAAUAUAUCAGAAACCUAAGUCUCAGUGGGCAAACUUUUUCAUUAUUCAAUACCUGUGAAUAGGUUAAAAUGUGUUUUUUUUUUUGUCAAAGCUGCUUUACAACAAUGUUCUCCGAGAUCGAGAGUUUCCAAUACCAUAACUAACACCUCUUUGACCUUUAACUGAGCACUGAUUUUUUGCUGUGCUCUUUUGGGAAUGCUCAUUUCAACAAAAUAGCUAGGAGGAGAUGUAAGCAUUGCCUUCAUCGCCUGCCUUUAGCGUAUUAUUUGGUAGCGUAACAUCACGCAAGUCUAGAAUUACUACAGUGACGUCGUCACCACGUUAUGGUAAACGAAAUUGGCCGAUAAUUAAUUCUAUAGGUGCCUCUAUUAGCAUGCUAUCGACUACGUCGCUAAUUUAAUGCCAGUCGAUCGAAAGUAAUAAUUCCGAGGAGCAUUCAUGAAAACCGAACACAUCUUUUUAAAAAAGCUAUAUUGAUUGUUGUUUAGUAAAAGUGUUCGUGACUAUUCUUUUUGAUAAUUUGUUAAUAUGACAAUAUCGUGAAGGUUUGAAGACAUUGCUAUAAUUUUAAAAGGCUAUUAAACUAAUAUGUGUCCUCCGUCAUGAAUAACACAAUAUUUCACUUUAUUAUUUGAAAACAAGAAUACUAAAGGUUGAAGUAAAAAAACCGACAUCCUAUUCUUCGGACAAAGCACAGGUCAUUAAGAAAACAGAGUGACCUGGUUCAGUAUCAGUGUUGAGGGUGGCAGGAACGGCUGCAACGUUGUCCUUAGUACAAAAGCUCAUUUCUUUUUACAAAGUAAGUACAUACCGAAUGCUUGCAUUGCAAAGUAGUGCACGAUCUUCAAAAUGCGCAACAGUACCUCUUUCUGUGACAGUUUUGUCUUCUGUCUUCAUUAACUUAACAUGUCAGCAAGCCUUCUCUGCGAAUGUAAUUUAGAAACUCAACAAGCUGAUAGCUGUUUUGUGGUAAGGCUUUUUUGUUUUCAGCUCCAAACAUAAGUUGGUCCAAUGAAAAAGAUGACUUGAAUGAAACUGGUCAAAGAGAUCAGGAAUACAAUGGACACUCUUGUGUUGAUCUUUUGAUAAUUAUUUGACAGCUACUUGAAAAGCUUUAUACUUUAGCAAAAAAUUAAGACAAAAAAUACUCCAAGAAGACUUUAAAACUUUGCUGUCACUAAAAAAUCCGGCUCUGUUUUGUUGCCCGUAUGAUAUGACCACUUUUGUUUGUUUCAAUUACUAAUAAAGCACUUGUUGACUGAAAAAAA